UAGGAACGCCUUCUUUGGUUAAGUCAAACGUUGAUUGUGUAAUUUUCGUACGUGAAAUACGUGAAUAACUUUGAUAUUAAAGACAUCUAACGUUCAGGAAAUGGCACCUCAAAACAUUUGAUUUACUAAAUAAAAAAAUAUAUUUGUAAGACAUUAUUCAUAAUUUGUGACAUUAUUAAGUACGAUUUAUGAAAGAAAAUAAGAACGUCAGUUAAACGUUUGAAUAGUAGAUGAUUAGUACGAUCCGUAUAAUGACACAGAUGCGAAUUCAACACGUGCGCAGCACGAUUCAUUCUUUUUAGAUUCAACAUGGCUCCCAAAAAGAAGGGAACGGAAAAAGCCCCUGCCAAAUCAGUGGCCACAAAGAAGGAGGGUGGAGCUAAGAAGGAAUCCAAGACCAAGCCUCCAAAGACCGCAGACAAGGCUGUGAAGGCUAAGAAGGCAGUCCUUCGUGGUAUUCACACCAAGAGGAACAAGAAAUUCAGGCCAUCAGUCCAUUUCAGGAGGCCCAAGACUCUGUCCCUCCCCAGGGCCCCCAAGUAUCCCAGGAAGAGCGUCUCCAAGAUAUGCAAAUUGGACAAAUACAGCAUUGUUAAGUUUCCCCUCACCACCGAGUCCGCCAUGAAGAAAAUUGAAGAUAACAACACUCUGGUGUUCAUUGUGGACAAAAGGGCAAACAAACCCCAGGUCAAGCAAGCAGUCAAAAAGUUAUACGACAUUGAUGUAGCCAAAGUCAAUACUCUGGUCAGACCUGAUGGUGAGAAGAAAGCUUAUGUCAGACUGGCCCCAGAUUAUGAUGCAUUAGAUGUUGCCAACAAGAUUGGAAUCAUCUAAACAGAAGAUUGUUAUGUGUAUAUAUGGGGAAAUAAAAAAAAACAACAACACUAACA